CAACCAUUCCCAGAGGAUCAAAGAACUGUGCUAGUAACUGAAUUGAAGUUGCUGGCUUCCAGGCAUUCUAAAAGCACCAGCCAGAGCAUUUUAAAGAAGCUUUAGUCCUAUAGUGACUGACUUUCAACUUUUUCUAAGGAAAAGUUCUUCUGCUGGUUGGCCCUUUCCUUGUUGGAAAAAAAGAAACAAAUACACUGAAAUCUUAAAGUACUGAAGCACAUAGUCAUUAGUGGCAACAUUGAAAGGUUAUUCAUUUGAAAGAAAAAAGGAGAAGAGCCAAUUUGGAGACAAUGGACAAGUAAGCAUGGAUGAGGGGCACAGGGUAUAGAAGAGUGGUGAGGGGCCUUCAGCAGAGCAAGGAGCAGACUGCAGAGAUCCUAUUGUCUCUAACACCUCUGGAAGUUGUUGGGCUUAAAGAAGGAAUCAAUUUUUUUCGGAAUAAGAGCAGUGGCAAAAACUACAUCUUAUACAAAGAUAAAGACCACCUUCGGGCAUGCAAGAACAUGUGCAAACACCAAGGAGGAUUCUUUAUAAAAGAUAUCGAAGAUUUAGAUGGAAGGUCUGUUCGUUGCACAAAGCACAAUUGGAAACUGGAUGUGAGUACCAUGAAGUACAUCAAUCCUCCAGACAGUUUCUGUCAAGAUGAACUGGUCAUUGAACUGGAUGAAAAUAAUGGACUUUUGCUAUUGGAACUGAAUCCUCCUAACCCUUGGGAUGCAGACCCUCAUCCUCCUGAGGACUUAGAUUUUGGAGAGGUGCAGAUAACAUAUCUCACCCAUGCCUGCAUGGAUCUCAAAUUAGGAGAUAAGAAAAUGAUAUUUGACCCUUGGUUAACUGGUCCUGCCUUUGCUAGAGGAUGGUGGCUGCUUCACGAGCCUCCCUCGGACUGGCUAGAGAGGCUGUGCCAAGCAGAUCUCAUUUACAUCAGUCACAUGCACUCUGAUCACUUGAGCUAUCCAACUCUGAAGAAGCUUGCUGACCGAAGAUCAAACAUUCCUAUUUAUGUCGGAAACACAGAGAGGCCUGUUUUUUGGAAUCUGAAGCAGAGCGGUGUGCCAUUGACUAACAUUCACGUGGUGCCAUUUGGGAUUUGGCAGGAGGUAGAUCAGAAUCUUCGAUUCAUGAUCUUGAUGGAUGGUGUUCAUCCUGAAAUGGAUACUUGCAUCAUUGUGGAGUAUAAAGGUCAUAAAAUCCUCAAUACAGUGGAUUGUACCCGACCUAACGGGGGAAGACUUCCUGAGCAUGUUGAUUUGAUGAUGAGUGAUUUUGCUGGAGGAGCAUCUGGCUUUCCAAUGACAUUCAGUGGUGGAAAGUUUACUGAGGAGUGGAAGGCCCAGUUCAUUAAAACAGAAAGGAAGAAACUCCUGAACUAUAAAGCCCAGCUGGUGAAGGAUCUACAACCCAGGAUUUAUUGUCCUUUUGCUGGAUAUUUUGUGGAGUCCCACCCAUCAGACAAGUAUAUUAAGGAAACAAAUACCAAAAAUGAUCCAAAUGAACUCAACAACCUCAUAAAAAAAAUCUCUAACGUUUCUACAUGGACCCCUCAGCCUGGUGCUGUACUAGACCUGGGGAGAAUGCUGAAAGAUCCUACAGACAGCAAGAGCAUCAUAAACCCUCCAGCUGGAACUAAGAUUUAUAAAGAUUCUUGGGACUUUGAGCCAUACUUGCAAACACUAAGUGAUGCUAUAGAAGAUGAAAUUUUUCGUCACUCAUCCUGGAUAAAAGAGUACUUCACUUGGGCUGGAUUUAAGAAUUACAACCUUGUCAUCAGGAUGAUUGAGACGGAUGAGGAUUUCAACACUUUGUCUACAGGAUACAACUAUUUGGUUGAUUUUCUAGAUUUAUCCUUUCCAGCAGAAAGACCCAGCCGGGAUCAUCCAUAUGAAGAAAUAAGGAGCCGGAUUGGUGUUAUCAGGCAUGUGGUGAAGCAUGGGUUACUCUGGGAUGAUUUAUAUAUAGGAUUCCAAACCCGACUCCAGCGUGAUCCUGACGUUUAUCAUCAUCUGAAUCUCAAGAAACAUGAAAUGUGAAGAAUUUGUUGACAACAUCUCCUAAAAAGCCAACUCCAAGAUAACACUAUUCUCAUUAGGAAGCAAUUAAUAUUAUCAAGAAUUGAUUAUCAUACUUUAUAUGAUCUUCCUUUUGACACACAUUUUCUUAUAUACAUAUUGAUGUAGCUGACAUUAACAAAUCCAGUGCUUCACAAAAAUGUCAAUUUCAAGAAUUUCUUGGUUAUUCAAUCCAAAAUACUCUGUUCAAAUAUUCAUAAACCAGAAAGAGAAUCCAUACUUAUUGAAAACAAUUAGAUAAAUUAUUAAAAAGCAAUUGCUGGGGCAGCUAGGCGGCACAGUGGAUAGAGCACCAGCCCUGGAGUCAGGAGUACCUGAGUUCAAAUCCAGCCUCAGACACUUAACACUUACUAGCUGUGUGACCCUGGGCAAGUCACUUAACCCCAAUUGCCUCACUUUAAAAAAAAAAAAAAGCAAUUGCUGAAUUCCGUUUAACAAACCUGUAUUAGAGGCAGCUAGGUGUCAGUGGGUAGAGCUUUGGAUUUGGAGUCAAGACCUGAGUUCAAAUUUAGCCUCAGAUACUUACUAGCUAUGUCACCCUGGACUAGUCAUUUAACCUCUUUC